CCGUCGAGGCCAGCCUACAACUACUCCUCGAGCUGCAGAGGCCAAGUGGCGCCGUCGCCAACACGCCAACCUGGCCUGCCACAAUCCCUUCGACUCGGUCAUCUGCUGCGGCGUCGGAGGUGGCGCGUCCACGGCACCACAACCAAGCCAGCUGCUGGCCACUGGAUCCAACAACCUCGGGGCAGCCGUCAGCGCCCCAAGGCCCGCCAGCAGCAUGCAGGACCCAGUGCUCGAGAGCAUUCUCGAGCAAAUGCAAGACACGGAGCGGAGCCGCGCCGAUCUGGAGCGCCAGCACGCCGAGGUGCAGCACCAUCUGCGCGAGAAGCUGGCGGGCCGCUACCAGGGCCCGGAGUCCGUCGAGGCGCUCCAGUCCAAGAUACGCGAGCUCGAGAAGAAGACGGAGCUGCAGCAGGUGCGCCAGGAGGAGCUCAGCCUCGAGCUGACGAGCUUGAAACGAGCCCGCAGUCGGGGUCCAAGUGCCCUGAGCCAUGCCACGCAGCAGCAGCAUAUCAUCACGAGUAGUAGUGGUAGUAGUCAGCAACAACAGAGUAGUAGUAUCGGCGGCGGCAGUGCGGCGCUUGGCUGUCAUCAAGCGCCGCAUCAUCAUCAUCAUCAUCUGCAUCAUCAAACGAUGCCGGGCAUGGCCACGGCCACCUGGCCCCCUGCUGGCUCAGAGAUCGAUCGGCUCAUGGCUAAAAUCGAACUGGACAGUAGCGGGAGGAUACUGCACGACCUCGAUCACAUGCGUAGCGGCGGCGGCGUGACGACGCAGCAGCCAUCCUCCAUAAGCCAAAACGUGCUGAGAUCGAGCGCGGAAAAUCUGUCGAGCCUCGUUCAGCAUCAGCAUCUGGGACACAGCCACUACCCUACGUGUCAGUCGCCGAUGCCGUUAACGCCGAUGCUGCAGCAGCAGUCGAGCUGCACGUCUCAAACGCCGAACGGGCCGUUAUACCACUGCAGCGACCCGAUCCCACCAGCGCCCUCGUCCGCACUACCGAGCAGUCAGUCUCAUCCCGCGUUUCAGCAGACCAGCAGCAGCAGCGGCGCAGGCAGCGGUGGUCUGACGUCUACGAGCCUCAACAAGCCUUACCAGGACAUCGUGCCGACGCACAGCAGCCUCGUCAAGUCGUCGGUGUUGGGCGGUACCAGCAGCGGUCAUCAUCCGACGCUCACGCACGCCCCGCACAGCGUCAGCGUGAGCAGCAGCUACCAGGAGAGCUAUCCGCACACUCACACGCAGUCGUCGUACGCGUCGCACCUGACGGGCGGCACGGGCACGUCGUCGUCGGGGGUGGCGCAGAUUCACGCGCCCAUCAGCUCGCAUCAUCAUCAUCAAUCGGCACUCGGCCAUCAGCAGCAUCACACGUCGACGGCCGCGGCGGCGGCUACGGCUGCGGCCUCGUCCUACCUCAACAGCCAGAGCGGCUUGACGCAUCACCAGCCCACGGGUGGCCUCACGACUCAGAGCUACCAGCUUCCCGGUACUCAAACGCAGAGCACGACGUAUCCAGGCCUGCCGAUGACGUCGCUACCCAACAGCAGCAGCAGCCUCCUGACCGGGGUCAGCAGCUCGAUACAGGUGCCGACGAGCUACAGCAGCGCCCUGAUCGGGCCCCACAAUUACACGUCGUUGGUGAGCGGCGGUUCGUCGAGUCUUCCCUCGAGUCUGCCCUCGUCCGGUCUGCCGGCCUUCUCGAGCUCGUCCUAUCUGGGCACCGGCGCCGGCCAUCAUCUCACCAGCAGCGUGCCCCAAUCGGUGCUUCCCUUCUCCACGGCAACGACCAGUAGUACCUUCUCCACGGCGCCGGCCAAUACCUUCUCCACGGUUGGGACCAAUGCCUUUGGCGCCUCGGCCGGAACCACUGGAUCGACGGGUCUUCUGCAGACGCUGGGCGAUCCUCUGCAGGCCAUGCAGCAGCUCUCGGUACAGUCGCAGGUGAACCAGCUGCAGCAGCAGGCGAUCAUCCAGCAGAUCCAGCAGAGCCUGAGGACGAGCUCGCCCACGCCGACGCCGGGUGGCUCGGCGGCCGCCGCGGCGGCGGCAGCGAUAGCCGCCGGCGUCGGGACGCAUCACAGCGGCUACCUGAGCUCGGCGUCGACGCGACAGAUGCCCAAGCUGCCGUCGAGCAUACUCGGCGGCCCAGCGGGCACGAAUCCGCUGGAUCGGCUGAGCGCCGAGCCGAGCCACCUGCUCGACGGCCAGGUCGACAUGCUCGACAUACCGGGCAAGGGCCGCUGCUACGUGUACAUAGCGCGCUUCACCUACGAGCCGUUUCAGCACUCGCCCAACGAGAACCCCGAGGCCGAGCUGCCCGUACAGGGUGGCGAUUACCUGCUGGUCUGGGGCCAGCCCGACGACGACGGCUUCCUCGACGCCGAGACCCUCGACGGCAGACGCGGCCUCGUGCCGGCCAACUUCGUGCAGAAGCUCGUGGGCGACGAUCUGCUCGAGUUCCAUCAGGCCGUGCUAGGAUUGCGCGACGUCGACGACGCCGUCUCGACCAAUAUUCCACAGUGUUACUUGCAGGACAUUGAUUUAGAAUUAGCGGCGCUGGAGGAUCGCGAUCGGCAGGUGCAGCUGUCGGCCUACGCGGAACUCGACAGCAUCGCCGAGGAGGACGAGACGGAGCCGCCAGUUCCCGCGCCGCAGCACCUGACGCUCGAGCGCCAGCUGAACAAGAGCGUGCUGAUCGGCUGGACGGCGCCCGACAAUCCGCACCAGAUCGAGUCCUAUCACGUGUACGUCGACGGCGUGCUCAAGGUCACCGUCAAGGCCACCGAGAGGACGCGCGCCCUCGUCGAGGGAGUCGACUCCAACAGGCCCCAUCGGAUAAGCGUGCGCUCGGUCACGCACUCGAGGCGUACGUCGCGCGACGCCGCCUGCACCAUGGUCAUCGGCAAGGACGUGCAGAUCGGUCCCACUGCGGUCAAAGCCAGCAACGUCACGGCCACCUCGGCGGUGAUAUCGUGGCUGCCGAGCAACAGCAAUCAUCAGCACGUCGUCUGCGUGAACAACGUGGAGGUGCGCACCGUCAAACCGGGCGUCUAUCGGCACACGAUCACGGGCCUGGCGCCCUCGACCAUCUACAGGGUCACGGUCAAGGCCAAGAACCUGAGGGCGACGCACUUCGAGGACCAGCAGGUGCGCGCGGCCAACGAUCAGGCCUGCCACGUGCACUUCAAGACGCUGCCCAAGGGACUGCCCGAUCCUCCGGUCGAUAUCCAGGUGGAGGCUGGACCGCAGGACGGCACUUUGCUAGUCACCUGGCAGCCUGUUGCCCUACACGGUUCGGCAGUCACCGGCUACGCCGUCUACGCGGACGGCAAGAAGGUCACGGACGUCGACAGUCCCACGGGCGAUCACGCGCUCGUCGACAUACACAAACUGAUGGGCCUCAAUCCCAAGCACAUCACCGUGAGGACCAAGAGCAGAGAGAGCCAGUCGAGCGACAGCUGCGCCACCGCGAUACCCUGCAGCGUUCUCAGAGGUGGUGCGAUCUAUCAGGCCCAGCAUCAGCAGAUGCAUCAGCUGCCGCAAGACCCGUCGAUGCAGAUGCAGAUGCAGUCGCAGCUGGAUCAAUCCGGAAUGAUGGAUCCGACGAUGCAGCAGCAGCAGCGCAUGAUGCAGCAGGGCAACAUGCAGGGCAACAUGCAGGUCGGCAUGCAGCCUGGCAUGCAGGGUGGUAUGCUCAAUCAGAGGUAUCCCAACGCCCAGCAGCAGCAAAUGCAGCAGCAGCAGAUGCAACAGCAGCAACAGAUGCAGCAGCAGCAACAGAUGCAGCAGCAGCAGCAGAUGCAACAGCAGCAACAGAUGCAGCAUCAGCAGCAAAUGAUGCAGCAGCAACAACUAAUGCAGCAGCAGCAACAGCUACCGCCGCACAUGAGGCGGCAGGGUCCGAUGAGGGUGGACGCCCACGGUCAAACCAUCAUCGAGACCGACGAAAAUUUGUCCGACAAAGAGAUCUAUCCUGGUCAAAUGGGGGUACCUGAAAUCACGAAAGACUCGGCGAGCGAGGCGAACUACAGCGAAGACGAGGCGGACGGCGCACCCGGAGCCAACAACAACAGCAACAACAACAAUGGACCAGCUCGACGUAUCAGCGCCGAUCGCGACAGUUUUUCCGGCCGCCUGCCGUCCCACGAUAACAAUAUGGGUCAAAAUCCGCAAACGCCGCAACAGCAGCAGCCGCCACCCCAGCAGCAACGUAUGCAUCCGCAGCAACAGCAACAGCAGCCACAACAGCCACAACAGGCACAGGCACAAGCACAGGCACAGGCUCAGCAGCAACAACGUGAGCAACAGCAGCAGCAGCAGCAACGUUACGGACCUUCGGGUCAAGGUCAUCCCCAGGCUCAGGCGGCAGCGCAAGGCGGCCAACAAGUCCGUAGACCUCAAUCUAGCGGUCCUAGACCGCCGCAGCAGGAAGCUUAUUUUGAGCAAGCGCCACAAGGCAAUCAAAGGGGAAGAGGAGGACCCAUGUACAGAGGCCCUGGUCCGAUGAACCAAGCCCAAGCCGGACCUCAUCGCUCGCCCGCCAUGCAGCAGGCUAAUAAAAGACUUAGAUGGUUCGUUGCUCUCUUUGACUAUGAUCCAAUGACAAUGUCACCAAAUCCCGAUGCCUGCGACGAGGAGCUGCCUUUCAAUGAGAACGACAUCAUAAAGGUUUUUGGAGACAAAGACGCCGAUGGCUUUUAUUGGGGCGAGUGUCACGGCAGACGAGGCUACGUACCGCACAACAUGGUCGACGAGAUCACCGAUCCGAAUCAGAUAAGACAGCUGCAGGGCGGCCAGCAGCAGCAGCAGCAGCAAAUCGGCGGAGCCGGAGUCAGGCGAGGCGGACCCGGCGGGGCCAACGAUCGCUGGGGCGACAUCUACGCCAACAUGCCCGUGAAAAAGAUGAUUGCCAUGUACGACUACGAUCCGCAAGAGCUGUCGCCCAACGUGGACGCCGAGCAAGUGGAGCUCAGUUUUCGCACGGGCAGCGAGAUCUACGUCUACGGAGAGAUGGACGACGACGGCUUCUACAUGGGAGAGCUGGACGGGGUGCGGGGCCUCGUGCCGAGCAACUUCCUGCAGGAGGCUCCCGGCGGUCCCGGCCAGCUACCCGGCCAGAUGCAGGGCGGCAUGCAGGGCGGCAUGCAGGGCCAGAUGCCGCCCGGCGUCAGAAGACAGAUGGGCCCGCAGGGGCCUGGAGUGCGGGGCCCGCCUCCGCCCCCUCGCGAGAUGCCCGGUCAGCAUCGUCGUAACAAAGAUGCCUGCAUUGUGCCUGUGUCUGUCCCUGUCUGUCACUUAGACUUUAGACAACUACAACAACCACUAAUGACUAAUCAAGUACAACCACAUCAAGUACAACAAUAUCAACAAAACAAUUCACCGCAUCUAGCGUACCAACAAGCCAACAACUACACGUCCAAUCAGUACGGUCAAGGCUUACCUCCAAAUCAAAGCGGGCUCAUGGGUCCCCAAGGUCCCCAUCAGCCCGGCCAAAUGCCACCCCACAUGCAACAGCAGGGGAGGGGGAGAGGCGGGCCCAACCAGGUCGUUGGUAGUAGCAUGCCGGGUGGCCCGCAGGGUAUGCCGGGCCAAAUGCAGCAGCAGGGAGGCCGGGGUAUGCCGGGCCAAAUGGGCCAAAUGGGCCAAAUGGGCCCGGGCGGCCCUAUGCGCCCCGGCCAAAUGGGCCCCAUGGGCCAGCAAGGCCAGAUGGGAGCCAUGCAGCAAGGCCAGAUGGGAUCCAUGCAGCAAGGCCAAAUGGGCCCUAUGGGCCAGCAGGGCCAGAUGCAGCAAGGUUCUAUGCAGCAGGGCCAAAUGCAGCAGCAGCAGCCGGGCCAAAUGGGCCCCGGUGGUUUCCCCCAGCAGCAGGGCCAGCAGCAGCAGGGCCAGCGCGGAUCUUUCCAAGGCCAGAUGCCCGGCCAGGGCUUCGGGCCGCAGGGCCCCCAGGGCCAGUACGGCCCGCAGGGCCAGCAGCAGGGUAUGCAGGGUAUGGGCCAGCAGGGAAUGGGGCCCCAGCAGCAGGUUAUGGGCCCCGGUCAGCAGCAACAGCAGCAAGGCCCGUACGGCCCGAUGGGCCAGCAGGGCCCUGGCGGAAUGAUGGGCGGAAUGCAGCAGGGCCCGCAGGCGACUAAGGCGCAGAUGAUGCGCGGCGUGCCCGCGGUCAUACCCAACGCCCAGGGCAUGGGCCCGAUGGGCGGUCCGCAGCAGAUGCAGCAGGGCCAGCCGGGUCAGCCAGGCCAGCCGGGCCAGCCGGGUCAGCCGGGCGCGGGCGGGCCGAAUCUCAUGCAGAAGUUCACGGAGAUGGCCGGGGCCAGCGCCGGCGGCGACAUUCUGUCGAAAGGCAAGGAGCUCAUCUUCAUGAAGUUCGGUCUGGGGAAGUGAGUUCGAGCCACGCGCGGCCCGUGUGACGACUACGACUACGAGGACGAUGCGACGACGGACGGCGCCUACCACGUCUCGCGUCGCUCGGGAUCAUCGUCAGCGGCGGGCGCGCGAAAGACCAACGAAGCUUGUUUGCCGAUCAGUAUUAUUAAUAAUCAUAACUUUAGCGUUUCGCGUAUCGACGACUACUCAAAUAAUAAUGAAAAAAUGAUGACAUAUCGCGUUCCUGGCCGUCGACCCGGAAGCUAAUCCGACCUUACACGAAUCGUUGAAUUGCGUGCGCCAAUUAGGUUAUUUACAUACGUAAUAUUGUAUUUUAUUAAAUUAAAACUAUCAUCGUCAUUAUUGAUAAAUAUAUCGCGCGACGUCGUAUACAGCAUAUAGAUUAUAAUAUAAAAUCAUACAUUAUUAUACAUAUAAACUCGUUUAUAUAUGCAGGAAGCUCAAAGUCGAACCGGUGCUGUAUUCGAGAAGCAGCUUGAUGCUAAAAAAAUAUUAACUAAAUAUUCAAUACGUGGUCGUCGUCUAUAUCCUGCUCACGAUGUGUAUAAAUUUCGAAAAGCCAGAGAGAAACGCGUAUCCGGUGUUGUGUUGUACUAUCCGCGAGGCUCGUUUUGCUUCUAAAAUGACGGAAAAAGAAAUGAAAAAAAAAAAAAAAACUGCCAAGUUUCGUCGGGGGCUCUCUGCAGUCGUCCGCACGAGUUGUCGCUGCUGCGGUAUAACGACGUUGAUUGUGUAUAUACAACAACAACGACGCGCGCGGUAGCGACAACGGCAAAAUCGUCGCCGCAGUGUACAUCGCGAGGGUGUGUGUCCGUGUGUGUGUGUGUGUGUACGAGCGCGAAACGAGUACCCUUCCUCCGCGUAAGUGUCACUUUCCUACUCUCUACCUCGAUUCUAACGAUGUGCAAUUGCCACGGAUAUAUAUACGUAAGACCGAAUCGCGCGCGAGUGGGCGAAUCUAAUUUGCAUAUAAAUAUAUACACACACGAAUGUACGUGGUCUAUUUUCUGCCAAAUUGAAUGGUCAAAAGAUUUUUUUUUCUUACGUUAGAAAUGACCUGAAUUUCAGGAGAAUUUUUGGGUCCUUUUAAGAACUCUUUUUAAAAGUCCCAGAUUGGCUCUUUUUCAAUGAAUCUGAAUUCUUUGAGAGUUUAUUAAUAAAUUCGAAAAAUUUAGAAAGUAUUUUUUGAAUUAUUUUUUGGUGAAAAGCUUUAUCUAAUUCGAUUUUAAGUUGUGUGUUUGGAACAACUACUUAAAAAAUAUAGUUAGGCUAUUCGAUUUGACAGAGAGUCAACCAUGUACACAGAUGUAAUGACGACUUAUUAUUUUAUACGUUACUCACCGACUGAUACUUAUUGAUCGACUAUAAGCAACCAAAUAUAUAUUAUAGUAUUAUAAAAUAUAGAAUAACGAAAAAAAAAUACCCAUGUUUAUGCAUAUAAUACCGAGAGCUCGUCAUUCACCAAUCGAUUGUAAGUAUAUCGCAUUUAAUAAUUAGUCCUUAAUACGCAAAGAUAGUUAGGAAGCAUAAAAAAAAUUGUGUACACAUGAAAAGUCGCGAUCCAGGCAACGUAGAGAGCUCCAUUGAGCAUUCAUAAAAAAUUUAAUGCUAAAAUUGAGACGUGUAAAGGUUAUUAAAGCGCAAUGCAGCUUCACAUGCAAAUAAUGGAUUCUUUAAUAUAUCUAUACCAAAGUGAAUCAUCGCAUCAAAAAAAAAAAAAAAAUGUUACGAAAUAACGUAACGUACAUGUGGGGGCCGAUAUAAAAUAAUAAUAUAUGAAAAAAUAUAUUGACACGUUGGACGGACGUUUCACUGUAGUUAUUGACUAGAAUGUGACAUAUUCUAGAGGUAUAAUAAAUAGAAACAAAAGAUAAAAAAAAAUUGAAGAAGUACGACGAACGAGAGGCGGGCGUGCCUUGAGAUACCUCAAAACCUGACACAAACAAUAAUCAUAUCUCAAAUAUAAAGUUAAAAAAAAUGAUGUCAGCAAAUACAAAUAAUUUAAUUAUAUACAAGGCAUGGAUAUAUCACGUACUAAUUAUUCAUGCGAAAUGGCAUUACUAAAUAAUUGUCAUUAUUGUAUUUACAAAAACAAAAAAAAGUAUAAAGCGUAUAAACAUGAUGUAUUAUCAGUUAAGAAUAUAAAUAUAGUAUAUAUCAUAGCAUUUAUAUAUAUCUGCAUGUACACAUGUAAUACGUAUGUGCAUGUAUAAUUGUUUCGAAUUGAUUCGUGUGUGUGUCCCUCUUCGAGUGUCGACGACUGACUUGGUAACUCAUAAUUUAACAAUACCAAAAAAAAAA